AUGGGCAGAGACAAGGUAGAGAAUGAAGAGUUGAUCAAGUACGGUGAUGAAGAGGAUGUCUGGUUCCACGUCGACAAGCUCUCUUCGGCCCACGUCUACCUGCGCCUGCAGGAGGGCAUGGCUUGGGACGCCAUCCCGAAACCCCUGCUUGACGACAUGUCACAGCUCGUCAAAGCGAAUAGUAUCGAGGGAAACAAAAGAGAUAACCAGACCAUCAUCUACACGCCGUGGAGCAAUAUAAAGAAACAAGGCGACAUGGCAGUCGGCGCUGUGUCGUUCAAGAAUGAUCAGAGGGUGCGGCGUCAUCACGUCGCCCAGCGGGAGAACGCAAUCGUGAACCGUCUUAAUAAGACGCGCCGCGAGGAAGUCGUGGACCACGAGGCUGUCCGCCAGGAGAGGGAGCGUUUGAAGAACAAGAAGAAG